GCGUGCCCGAACCACUUGCUCGGCAGCACCCAUCCGAGCUUGGACGAACUGGGGAGAGCCUCGUAACGCAGCGUCAAAUAACCAGGCUCAGCAUCGCCUCGCGGUACUCUCUUUCGUUCGACAUGAAAGGGUGCAGAUACGGGGUCGUGCUUUUCGUCCUGUCGGCGUCAGCGCUGGCACAAAUAAGAGUGCCGUUGAGACGAAUGAAGUCUAUCCGAGAAACAUACGAUGAGGUUGGCGCGCCCAUGACUUUUAUGGAUAGUCCCAGCCACCUUGGAAGAUCACAAGAAAGCGAUGUCAUCAUAGCAAAUUUGACAAACUAUCUUGAUGCGCAAUACUACGGUGACAUCACAAUUGGCACCCCGCCACAACGUUUCCGCAUUCUCUUCGACACCGGCUCUUCGGAUCUCUGGGUUCCGGCCAGCAACUGCUCCGAGGGGGACCACUACUGCACGUUGCACCACCGGUACGACGCGUCCAGGUCAAGCACCUACGCGCUCAACGGAACUCGAGUGCGACUGGGCUACGGCAGCGGGCCAGUGGCGGGAAACAUAGGUGUCGACGUCGUGGCCAUCGGGGAGUGCCCGGUGCGAAACCAGAGCUUUGUGCAGGUGGAGAACAGCCAGGACCGGGCCUUUGCUGCCGCCCAGUUCGAUGGUAUCCUGGGGCUUGCCUACCCGGCCUACUCUGUGUUUGGCGCCAUGCCGGUAUUCGACAAUAUGGUGGCCCAGGGCAUCGUGCGCCGGCCCCUGUUUUCUGUGUACCUAAACCGAGGCGCCACCGGUGGUGAUGGAGGAGAAGUCUACUUCGGAGGCAUCGACGCUGACCAUUACUCAGGAGAGCUAUUCUACGUUCCCGUUUUCAGAAAAGGCUACUGGCAGGUUUCGGCUGACAGCAUCACUAUUGGGGACACUCACUUAUGUGAUGGAGGCUGUCAAGUCAUGGUUGAUACAGGCUGCUCGACCAUUACCGGGCCCUCGGAUGACGUCAGGAGACUCAUGAAGAUUCUAGGUGCGACGCCCUAUACCACUGAUAUGAACCAGGUUGACUGCAGAAACGCAGAUGAUCUGCCCGAUUUUGCAAUAAAUAUUGGAGGCAAGCCAUUGGUUCUGAAGGCACAGGACUACAUAGUGAAGGUGAAACGCGAUAACAAGAUCUCGUGCGUGGUCUACAUAAAGGGUUACGACUUCGGUGCCAGCCGCGGACCGCUCUGGAACCUGGGCGAUCCGUUCCUUGGCCGAUACUUCACCGUGUUCGACCGUGAAAACGACCGUCUGGGAUUUGCUGAGGCCCGCUGACUGCCUCGCGGCCAUAAAACGCCUAUGCCGCGCAGGGCGCGAUCGAUCAAAUGGGGUCUACGAAAUUUCACGGGUCUUUCGCUUGUGCUAACAAACAAUAAAGUUGCUAAAAAAAGUGAGAGAUAGAAAUAUGGAUUUGUUAGAUUACAUGACCUCAUUUGUCAGAGGUCAUUUUGAAGGAUACGAGAAGCCGUGGAAGUUCGCGAAUCCGCAUUGUACAUCAUUAAAACAGCUAUAAAAAAUCAUUGCAGCCGUCGCACAGAAAUAA